AGGUGCAUUGGCAUGUAUUCUACACGCUAAACCUCGAAUUAACUUUCUACGACCAGGGGUUAAGCUAUACAAAGCUUAAUUCUUCUUAAUUUCUUCAUCGGAAAAGAAAGAUCUUUUAUCACAAUUAAAGAUCAGGUGUAAUUUAGCUUGGUAAUUCUUAUGUAAUUCUGGGAUAUUUUUGAAGACUAACAUGAGUUCAUCAGAAGAGGUGUCAUGGAUAUCAUGGUUUUGUGGACUGAGGGGAAAUGAGUUUUUUUGUGAAGUAGAUGAGGAUUACAUACAGGAUAAAUUCAAUUUAACUGGUCUAAAUGAACAAGUUCCACAUUAUCGACAAGCACUUGAUAUGAUCUUGGAUUUGGAACCUGAUGAUGACUUGGAAGACAACCCAAACCAAUCAGAUCUUAUAGAACAAGCUGCUGAAAUGUUGUAUGGUUUGAUUCAUGCAAGAUAUAUCUUGACGAAUCGUGGAAUUGCACAGAUGCUUGAAAAGUAUCAACAAGGAGAUUUUGGUCAUUGUUCGAGAGUGUAUUGUGAAAAUCAGCCAAUGUUGCCUAUUGGACUAUCAGAUGUACCAGGCGAGGCUAUGGUAAAGCUUUACUGCCCCAAGUGUUUAGAUGUGUAUACUCCGAAGUCCUCGCGCCAUCACCACACAGAUGGUGCCUACUUUGGAACAGGAUUCCCACAUAUGCUUUUUAUGGUUCACCCUGAAUAUCGUCCAAAGCGUCCAGUAAACCAAUUCACACCCAGGCUCUUUGGCUUCAAGAUUCACGCCAUGGCUUAUCAGUUGCAGUACCAAGCCGCACAGACUUUCAAAAACCCAACCAAACUUCGUCAUUAAUUUGUACAUAUUAUGUCUCACAAACCCCUGUUUAUUUGUAUUAUAUGUCAAGUAUGGUUUCCAUGGUGUCAUUGUUAACAUCUGUAUAGCCUUUAACUUUUCAUGUCGCUUGUCACACAGUAAUUUUCUAUAAAAUUUGAUAGAUAGAGCAUGGUAUGUCUGAACCCAGUGAGCCCCAUUCGGCAGACAUGAAAAAGUGGUUUUAUUCAACGAGAGAAUUACAGGUUGUACUAUCACAAUAAUGAGAACACGCAGUAAUGAAUAUUUUUUUUAACGGAAUGAAUUCUUGUAUUGUGUUAUGCUUACAAUGUUGACAAUUGUACUUUUUAAACUUUUCAAUUCCGGAUUAGCCUUCCUGCCUCAGAUCAAUUAACGUUAGGUGCACACCUGUAUGUAUUAUGUUAAUUUGUGGAAUAAUUACACCUUACAAUGAUAGCGAUGUAAUUUGUCAGUAAUUGUCUGUGAAUUAUAUAUAAAAUUAUGAUAUGGCUAUUUGA